CUAGUGCAAAUGAAACACAGGAGUCCGUAUAAGUGCCCCAAAUCAUCAAGUCCUUGCUCUCCUGCCGUAAUUCAAAAACCCUAGAAACCUCACUUCGACUCCUCAUAGGGGUCGCCAUGGGAGAAGAACACAAAGCGAGAGAAGAAAUUGGUCCGAUAUUCAGAGAUAUUCGUCGCUAUUAUUGCGAGUUUUGUGGUAUUUGCAGAUCUAAAAAAUCACUCUUGAACUCUCACUUGAUCUCUCAUCAUCAGGAAGAAAUGGAAAAGAAGAAAGAGAUUGAAGGUAAGGGAAAAAAGAGUAGUAAUACUUGUGAAGAAUGCGGUGCUGCUUUUAAGAAACCAGCUCAUUUGAAGCAGCAUUUGCUUAGUCACUCUCUAGAGAGGCCUUUCUCUUGUUCGGUAAAUGACUGCAAUGCGAGUUAUAGAAGAAAAGAUCACUUGAAUCGCCACAUGCUGCAGCAUGAAGGGAAGUUGUUCAGAUGUCCUAUAGAAAAUUGUAAUAAAGAGUUUGUUGUUCACGGUAAUGUCAGUAGACACUUAAGGGAGUUUCAUAAGGAUAAGCGUAAAUGCGACGGCGAGAAGGGACCUGACAAACAUGUUUGUCGGAAAACAGGGUGUGGAAAGGAAUUUAAAUAUGCUUCUCAGUUGCAGAAACAUGCUGAAUCUCAUGUCUUGAAAUCUUCAGAAACAUUUUGCGGGGAUCCCAAGUGUAUGAUGUCCUUUUCCAAUCUUGAGGGCCUGAGGGAACAUAUCAGAACUUGCCACCAAUAUGUAAAAUGCGAGGUUUGUCGUUCUAAGCACCUAAGGAAAAAUUACAAACGGCACCUCCAAACUCAUGAAAAGCACCUACCCACUACAAUUGAAUGCAACUUUGAGGGUUGUGACCAUUCAUUUACCACAAAAUCAAAUCUACAGCAGCAUAUCAAUGCAGUGCAUUUGAAACUCAGACCCUUCAUGUGUGGCAUACCUGGUUGUGGCAUGACAUUUGCUUUCAAGCAUGUGCGGGAUAACCAUGAAAAAUCUUUUCGCCAUGUUUAUGUGCCUGGAGAUCUCGAGGAAUUCGAUGAACAAUUCAGAUCAAGGCCUCGUGGUGGGCGUAAAAGAAAGCUACCUUGUAUUGAGAUGCUUAUGAGAAAAAGGAUCACCCCACCUAAUCAAUGUGACAGUUUUCUUAGUGAAAGCUCAGACUUUCUCUCUUGGUUGCUUUCAGAUGAUGAGGAUUGAUGCAUCAUUUGAUAUUCGAGGCUAAAGCAGCAACUUUUGCUCGGUAAAUUUGUAGAUUUUAGGAUUUAGGAUUGUCUAUUACCUUAGAUAAGUGGAUUCUACUCAUUCUAGGAUUCUAUAAUCUUUUUCGUGCGAAGGGGUCCUAGAUGUUGAUGGAAGGCUGUGUAUGUAUGUAACUACGUCUAAUUUUUUAUCAUUUGAAAUUAAAGAUAUUGUAAAUUAAAAUCGUGAAUUGGAUAGCGUGAAAAACAAAAGUGUAGUACUUAUUAAAAACCAGAGGAAGUAAUAUUCAGAUCUUCUGUUGCAUUAUAAUAUGCUCAAAUUCUAUG